GGCUGGGGGAAGGGGAGGGAGGAGCUCGCGCUGCCCGGACCAGCCCGCGCGCCGCCGCUUCCAGCAAGCAGCAGCGCCUGCCGGGUGGAGGGUCCAGUUCGCGCCGCGCGGACAAGGGCUGAGGCCAAGGCGGAGCGGCGCACGGGGGCAGCAAAGCCCCGGGGGAGGCGGCAACACUAUGGCCGGCCCCCCGCCGCCGCCCCCGGGCCAGGAGGCGCCCCGCUACCAAGAGUGGAUCUUAGACACCAUCGACUCGCUGCGCUCUCGCAAGGCGCGCCCGGACCUGGAGCGCAUCUGCCGCAUGGUGCGCCGGCGGCACGGCCCGGAGCCGGAGCGCACCCGCGCCGAGCUGGAAAAGCUCAUCCAGCAACGCGCCGUGCUCCGAGUCAGCUACAAGGGAAGCAUCUCGUACCGCAACGCUGCGCGGGUCCAGCCUCCCCGGCGAGGUGGAGCGCCCGCCGCCAGUCCGGCGGCCCCGCAGCGCCCGGCCCGCACUUCCCCGCCCAGCGCUCCCGCCGCCACCGCGACGCCCCGGUCCUCCCAGCGUGCUGCGCCUCGCGCAGAGCCAGUCGCGCCGCCGCCGCCACCGCCGCCGCCGCCUCCGCCUCGUCGGACCGGACGGGAGCGACCGCCGCCGCCCGCAGCCCAAGAGGAAUCCUCCCCCGUUAGUCUGCGAGAGAUUGUGCGCUACUUGGGCGGGGACGGCGCCGCGCCGGGGGGCGGCCGAGUGACUCGAGGCCGAGCACAGGGGCUGCUUCAAGAGGAGAGGCUGGAAAGAACCCGCUUGGGUGGCGGCGGCGGCGGCGGUGGCGGCGGCAGCAGCAACAGCGUCGCUUUGCCCAGGGCGGAGAGAGGCGCGCAGGCCCGGGCCCCCAACGCCAGACCAUACAGGAACAAGAAGGCAGGGGAGGAGAUCAAAGGUGAAGAAGACGAGGACGAAGAGGAAGAAGAGGAUGAAGUCUCCACUAUGUCUGAAGGCUCAGAAGUGGCACAAGAUUUUGAGAUCAGCAACUACAGCAGACCUGGGACAGGCCAGGUGAAUGGUGACUGUAAGGACAGCAAGCACGGUGGGAAAGAGAUCGCACCCAGCAGUGUCACCCCCAGAGACCUGCACUCCCUAGAGGAAACAUCUUUGAACAAAGGAUUGGAGCAUUCUCAGCAUGAAGGGAAUGAGCAAUGUCACACAAAGGCCUCUUGGCCUGGAGAAAGUGCCUGUCACCAUCUGGGAGGCAGCAAGAAAGAUGGCAGCGCCUAUCAGCAGCCAGACAGAGCAGUGUCACCAGCUGUUGCAGGGGCUGAUCCCUCUGUGCCCUCAUCUCCUGGGAGACCUGGCAUCCAGGCAGAUGGGAGACCAUUCAGUUGUGUUUCGGUGAAAGAGAAGCCUUCUGACCCUGUGGAAUGGACUGUCGGUGACGUUGUGGAUUAUUUCACAGAAGCUGGGUUUGCUGAGCAAGCUUCGGCCUUUCAGGAGCAGGAGAUUGAUGGGAAAUCUCUGCUGCUGAUGCAGCGCACUGAUGUGCUUACUGGCCUCUCUAUUCGCCUGGGACCGGCCCUCAAGAUCUACGAGUAUCACAUCAAGGUCCUCCAGCAGUGCCACUUUGAAGAAGACGAGGGCGACUCCUUCAUGGGCUGAGGAGAACGGGGCCACGCUAGUGAGGGGGAGGGAGAGAACAGGGACUCUGUCAACGCUACUGUCUCAGCCAUUUCAGCCUUCCUUUGCCUCUGUGAAAACAAGACAACGUUGGGAAGGGCAAGGGCUUGGACCAUACCUGGUGAGAGGAGGGAGGCAGAAAUGACCCAGCUUUCGUGGCUUCCUUAUCCCGGUUAUCUGGUGAUCCAAAAGACUGGGUUCAGAGGGCUAAAAGCUCGCUUUCUUCUCUCAUCUUGCCUGUCUGACCCGACCCCAAGCUUUUCACUCACCAUAGUGCAUUGUCUGUUGGGGGGGGGGGAGAGAAAGAUGAGGCAAUGUGGUUUUCCUCCUUUUCCCAAUCUUCACCUGAGCUGAAAUGAUUUAUGCUUCAGCAGCACCCAAAUGGCUUCUCCCUUCCCUCUCUCCAACAGUAGCAUUGGAUAGCCCUGAUUGCCCCUUCUUUCGAUGAUAGGCAAGAAAAAAAGCUUGCUGGAGGUGCCAGGAGGUUUUAAUCAAAUAGCUUUUUAUUCUCUUUUCUGUUCAGGUAGCCUUUUCUUCCAAUUUUCAUGGUUGUUGCCCAGAGUCAAUUGCUUUUUAUUAUUUUUUUUUCUUCCCCAUUUUUUAAAAAUAUAAAUAUUUAAACUGAAAAAACGAUUUAGUAUUCCCAGAUACCUUAGCCCUCUGCAAAGGGUAAUGGAACCAGCUGAAAUGACUGUAUGUUUAAAGGGCAAAAAUGUGCAAGAGGGCUCCAGAUUUUGGGUUCUGCUCUAUGGAGAAGUGUCACCUGGUAAUCAAGUUUUGGAAGAAAAAAGAAAGCAAGUGGGGGUAGAUUAUCUUCUGUCUAGUCCAUAGAUGGGAAUAGACUUGAAGGGUUCCACCUUAAUUUUCAGUAUUGUAAUCCGUGGGAUGAAAGCGCGGUAACCUUUACAUAAUCACCAAAAAGUCUAAAAUAAAUGUAGGAUUUAUAGAUGGGCUCUUUCCAGUGGGCAGAGAGUUAUAACUGUGUGCUUGCGUGUGUAUGUAUGUAUUUUCAUUAGCAGUGAGUUUUCUUACAUAAGGACUAUAUAAGUAGACCAUACCACCAAUAUUAAUGCUUUGGGGACAUAGAAAAGGAUAGGGAAUGAAAUUGGCCAGAACCAUUUUUUUUCUCUAUCAAACACCCAGGGGAUGGCUUUCCUAUCCUUAGGACUGGCCUCUUCCUGUUUAAGCAGGAUAAAUCCUAAAAGAUUGCAAUGCCAAUAUUAAGAAAUUAUCCUUGGUAAACUUGUAAAAAUCAGGUGAUGGAGGUAUUCCGGUGGGCACAUUAUACAACAUUUCAGAUUCUCAAUGGUUUUGAAGACAUAUUGUACUUAAUGUUGGCCAGGAAACAUCUGUUUCACAAUUGAAAGUCAGUUUCAGUUUUGCAUUAAAAACAAUGGGAACUUCAUAGAGGAUGCAGACAACUCUUUAGAAUAGGAUCUUAGAUUGUAUACAGAACAACAUUUCCAAAACUCAUUGGAGAAUCACGACAGAUCACUUCAAAUGGUGUAAAUUAGAAAUGUAAAGGGGAUCUUACUGAAAGUGAGAAAAAUUUAUAUCUACUCUGUUUAGUUGUGCAUUAGGAACAGAAAACUACAUAAUUGCAAAGAGAGAAGGAAACUUCAAUUUCACUACCAGGAAGAAUGCAGAUAUGAGCACACUGAAUUUUAUGUUCUCAACAUUUCCCUUCGACCCACGAGGGCUAGAAACUUAUACUUUGAACUUUGAUAACAGAGGUUCUUGAUGUUUUAGCACAGAAGUGCCUCAGGGGCUUACAUACUGGCUACACAUUGCUCUCUAUUGCACUAGGCCCUAUUUUUUUGUCCAGAGCUGGGAAUAAAAAACCAAAUUUUUUAAGUUCUAACAAGUCUUAACCCCUUGUAUUUUGUCUAUCAAACUUGCUGUGCAAGAAGUAAUACACAAUACAGUGUAGGAAACAGUGGCCGAUCCAGCAGGAGCUGGAGUGGCUUUUGAUCCUGCUCACUCCUUUUGGUAAUAGAUACGGAGCUCUUGGUUCACUCUUAACUCAUUCCAGGCACAAUGAAAGAAUCUGCAAAAGGUAAAUUAAAAAAAAUAUAUAUACAGCUGACUCACUAUAGUGAUCUGAAAGCUCAGUGAGGCCAAAUUGGAAUGAGUAUUGUACUGGGGUAUCUUAAACGUUUAAGGAGCAGCUUAAGGCAUAACUUUGCAAUGAAAGAGCAAAAAGCUUUGUGUUGAUACAUUCAUGAAUUUUUCUCAGACUUAAGACUAUGUAAAUACGAUCAUCAUAUAUUGAUAACAGUUCACUUUUUAAAAUAUGUAUGUGUGCAUAUAUAUACACAUAAACAUAUAUAUGUAUACAUAUACAUAUAUGUGUAUAUAUAUAUAUAUAGAUGAUAAAUGACUUCAUAGUUUCAUCAUGUGCCCAGAUCAUAAUGUAAAAAAUCUUGAAAAAUGUGAAAUGAUAAGUUCAAUGAAUUGUGAGUUGGGCACAUGUUGAUUUUUCUCACUCAUUUCACUGACUUUUUUCACAGGGAAACUACUUUAUGAUGUAUGCAAAUUUCCAUUAUAGCACCUUUGAAGACAGUAAUCACUAGUAGACAAUUUUAAAUGUUUUGGAUUUUAUCUGCUCAAAAACUUAUGAAGAAUGCAACCUUCAUAAGUCUCAGGUCAGCACAAUUGCAUCCAAACUAUUUUAAUUUCAGGGUAAUGCUAAAAGAGGUAUUUGGGAAGUGGUGGUUGGAUGGUUGUCAUCUUUGAUAUGUGAAUCCUGGCUAUCAUGGUUGAAUGUGACUACUCAUAAUGAAGCCACAAUGCCAUCCAAGCUCACAUUCCUACACAAAAGUGGAUGGUGGCUCUUUAGGAACAUGAAUCUAGCAAACUGCAUCUGUGUUUAAGAUUAAUUUCUGAAUAAGAUAUUCCAUGUGCUGGAAUUGGCUGAUUUCAGGACCAUCUAUCAUUUGUUGCAUUUUCCCCCUCUCCCCCCCCCCCAGAUAAUCUCAGGUUUAGUAGAAUUUAUUCCCACGUAGACAGACAUGGAUCUGGUCUUAAGUAGUUUUUAUCUCCAGUUCAUCUGGGUGUUCCUGUUAAGUGUCCAACUUUGGUUCCACCUAAAAAAAACCCCAUCUUUUAUCUAAAUUUCUGAUGCUGGUGCGCAUUGUGUAUAAAUACAGAACUGGCAGAAGUUAUUCCAAUUAAUAUAAUGGUGUAUUUACUUUUUAUUUAUUUUGGACAUAUAUUAACUGACUUGGGGGUUUUAUGAGAUGUCCCUGCACCAUGCUAUACCUUGUUACAAAAAGAGUUAAGUAGCCAACUUGAUAAAAGAGUUAUCCUUUUUUUCUG